UUUAGAAGAGAGAGAGAGAGAGGGAGAAAAAAGAAAAUAUAAAAAAAAUCACGUGUUUGAAGAUCAAAGGAGAUCCGCUUUGAGGCGCAGAGAGAGAGAGAGAGAGAGAGAGAGAGAGAGAGAGAGAGAGAGAGAGAGAAAGAGAGAGAAAGAGAGAGAGAGAGAGAGAGAGAGACGCACAUAGCUACAUAGAGAGCCGCAGUGCAGUGCGGUGAGAGCGGUGCUGGAAUCCGCGGCUGCUCCGCUGAAAUAAGUAGACCCUGAUUGGAGCUCUGUUUUUUUAGGGGUGGUUUUUACAAGGUUUUUGCAAGGCUUGGAGACCCGAUCCCUGCGUAGAUCCUCGGGGGAUCCUCUCCCGCCUCGAUCCGCCUCCGGACCGGCGCUUUCCGCAGAAACACACCGUGGAAGUCUUGGAAAUUAUGCUCCGCUCCGCGCUGAUCCGGCCGGCGAGAUGAUGAUGAAGCGCGCCCCGGCUGGGUCGCUCUCGGGCGGCCACGCUCGGCCGCUGCUCCCGCUGCCGCUGCUGGUUCUACUGCUGCUGCUGCCGGACUCCGCCUGGGCCAAAGACACGGCCUUCGUGGAGGUGGUGCUGUUCGAGUCCAGCCCCAGCGGGGACUACACCACCUACACCACCGGCCUCCAGGGCCGCUUCUCCCGGGCAGGAGCCACCAUCAGCGCCGAGGGGGAGAUCGUGCAAAUGCAUCCUCUGGGACUGUGUAAUAAUAACGAUGAGGAGGAUCUGUACGAAUACGGCUGGGUGGGCGUGGUCAAGCUGGAGCAGCCGGAGCUCGACCCCAGCUGUCUCACAGUGCUGGGAAAGGCGAAGAGGGCGGUACAGAGAGGAGCUACAGCAGUUAUCUUUGAUGUUUCAGAAAAUCCAGAUGCCAUCGAUCAAUUAAACCAGUUAUCUGAGGACCCCCUGAAGAGGCCAGUGGUCUAUGUUAAAGGAGCUGAUGCCAUUAAACUGAUGAAUAUCGUCAAUAAACAGAAAGUCGCUCGAGCCAGAAUUCAGCACCGGCCACCACGGCCCACAGAGUAUUUUGAUAUGGGGAUCUUCCUGGCGUUUUUCGUGGUUGUGUCUCUGGUUUGCCUCAUUCUGCUCAUCAAGAUCAAGCUGAAGCAGAGACGCAGUCAGAGCUCCAUGAACAGGAUGGCUAUUCAGGCUCUGGAGAAGAUGGAGACGCGAAAGUUCAAAGCGAAGGUGAAAGGUCAGCGCGAGAGCAGCUGCGCCGCGUCCGAUUCGCUCAGCAGCAGCUCCACGUCCGACUGCGCCAUCUGCCUGGAGAAAUACAUCGACGGAGAGGAGCUGAGAGUGAUCCCCUGUGCUCAUCGGUUCCAUAAGAAGUGUGUGGAUCCCUGGCUCCUACAGCACCAUACCUGCCCCCACUGCAGACACAACAUCAUCGAGCAAAAGAAAGGAAACCCAGGUGCCAUCUGCAUGGACCCAGGGAACCCGGUCCACGGCCGCCAGCAGAGGGUGGUGCUUCCGGUCCACUACCCCGGCAGGGUCCACCGAGCUGGCCAAGUAACGGCGUAUCCGACCCGAACCAGCAUGGACCCUCACGGAAACCCCAUCACCGUGCUCACGGUGGACCAACACCCGGACCAGACCCUUUACCCCGCACAGUCCUCUUUCAUCCGGGGCUACCCCGCCCUCCACCUGGACCACAGCCUGAACCCCCACCACUGUGCCCUUGAGCACCGGAUACCUCCCUACCCCCAGCCCCACGCCUUCAAGCGACCCAAGUUUCACGGGCGCAACUUCUCUCGUGCCACUUGCUUCUCGCAGUACGAGACAAUGUACCAGCACUACUACUUCCAGGGCUUGACGUUUCCUCAGCCCGAGGGUCAACCUGGCGGGGCGCACCACAUCAAGGGGCAAGGGCGGCCUUUCCAGCCGGGACUUCUUUACCCGACCGUGGUGCACAUGGCACCAGCUUCCUCGUCCCGAGGAAUGGGGGACUCGGGAAGCGCCUCGGGACUCAGUUGUUACCACGGACAUCGGUCGGUGUGUAGCGGCUACCUUGCGGACUGUCCCGGUAGCGACAGCAGUAGCAGCAGUUCAGGGCAGUGCCACUGCUCUUCUAGCGACUCCAUGUUGGACUGUACGGAAGUCAGCAACCAGGGCGUGUACGGGAGUUGUUCGACCUUCCGGAGCUCGCUAAGCAGCGACUACGAUCCCUACGUCUACCGAAGCAAGAGUCCCUGCCGUGGGAUGACCGGCGAGGUCAGUUCGGGGUUCCCGGCGACCUCGUCCGCAGACGACAUUCUAGCUCCGGUAUCGGCGGGUACGGACUUCUUGCAACCGCCUGUAGGCGCUUGCUACGGUUCCGGCGACCAGCUGUCCAACUGUAGCCUGGAACCCAACUGCAGCAGCCACUCUUCACUGGAAACCAGGGAAAUCACUAGCACUACCUCAGCUGGACCCCUUGAGGGCACUACUUCAGCAGAAAGGAGCCACUGUUCUGUGGAGCAUGGCGGGGAACAAGGGGGAGCGUGUAACCCAGCAUGUAACUGCUGUUUCGAGGUUCCGUCGCUCAACCUAGAGCUUAAAGGACAGGACGUAGGGGACCGAGCAGGACAUUGCAGACGUGGUGCAGAAUCUCAAAGCAUCCCCAGCGCUCCUUCGCAGAACUUUUACAGCGUCGAGCGACUUUCGCCCGCAGAUCACGCCGCCGGCUACGACGGACUGCCUUGCUGCUUCUACACGGAAAUGAAAGUUCACCGGGGAAGUGUUGGGCGUUAUGCUGAGGAUUAUUCCGUUAACGUGCAGUACGCCCAAGCGGACAGUGACGGCUGUUCGGGGCAAGGCUGCUGCGAACUCGCUCAGAGGAUACCGAUAAUCCCUGAGGACACGGACUGCGAAUUAGGACUAUCUUUGGACACACAAACAAGCCUACUCCCUCCACGGUUGAUGGUGGAACGGGAGACCAGGACUUCUUCUGGUGCUAGCCAGGGGUUUUUCGCUUCAGGACGUGUAGAGUGUAGAGGUCAAACAUAUCAGUCCUCGCAACCGAGCGAGGAGGCAGUAGCACUGUUUUCCUCGCAGUGCAUCGGCAGCGGCAUCGGCAUCUCUCAAACACAAGGGGGCAGCAAGGCAACACCCGAGGGUUCCAGUCUAUGAAGUUUAACUGAACACAAGCCGAAGUUUAACCGCUACGACUCGCCGUAACUCGUCAGCACUUGCCUCGCUCUCUGAAACAGAAAUCUCGACAAGCUCGACAAGUUCUGAGUUUUUGGGAGGGGGUGAAGGUGAAACGUGGUGGAAUCAUCUUAGUUUAUCAUAGUUUAUACUUUUCAUUCCCGUGGCCUUUUCAUUCAGAAGCUCCGCCACAUCUACCACAAAAGAUGCAAGAUGCUGUUGCUGCAGGCAGAGGUGGCAGAUAGUACCGAUUUUAUUAUUCCACAUGGUGAAGAUUUUAGGAUUUCAGGAUUUUAGCAUUUCGAGGUCAAUUUUUUUUUACGUACACUGUUGGUUUAUCAGCUAAGUUUUUUUUUUUUCUUUUCUUUUCUUUUUUUCCAGAUAACGUGGAUUAAGCGCUUUUUGUAAUGGCAAUGUUCACUUUUUUUUUUGUUUGUUUUUCACAUAUUUCAGUCCGAAUUGCAUGCAAGUGCCUGUCUGCUGCACCUUCAGCUCGGAAAACGUUACUACCAUGUAGAUAAAAAAAAUAAACCAAAACACAGCAUUUCAAGCAUUUUUCGAGAAUAAUAAUAAUAAAAUAGGGAUGCACCGGAAUUGAAAUUUUGAAGCGAAAACGUUUUUGUUUUUGUUCACAUAGAUUUUUAUUAGAAUUUUGCCACUUAAAACAACUAAACAUUACUGACUUUUUUUUUUACGUUUUUUUUAUGAAUUUUUGCCAGUUUUUGCCAGUUAGUUUGCCAUUAAUUUAAUUAUAUAAAUUUAAAUAUAUUGUCUAAAAAAAUUACAAAAACUAUUUUUUUUAACCCCAGCAGACAAACCAGAAAGCCACAGUGUUGUUUGGAAUAGCACAGUAAAUUAUUCAGUCUUUUAACUUAUUCUGCCAAACACCAAAAGUGCUUUUUUUGCCAAAUUUUGAUUUUUGGCCAAUUUUAAUUGCAUAAUAAUUAGAAUUUUAAAUAUCUGAAUACAGAGCAAGUUUUUUCAUAAAUUAAUAGUUUAUAUAUAAUAAAUAUAGUAAUAAAAAGUAAUAAAAAAACAUCCCAGUUGAUAUACAGAUUUUUUAUGCGUCCAAACACCAGAAGUAUAUAUACUUAUUUUUUGCCAUUUUUAGGCUAAAUAAUAAUUUUACUACUUCGAACAAUUAAACGAUUGAAAAUUAAAUAUUAAAGUUGAAUAUUGAAUUACAUGUAUUUUUGGAAAACAAUUUCUAAGUAAAAAAUAUACUAAAUAUAUUUUUUUAUAUUUAUUGAACAGUUUUUGAAUAUUUGUACCCCCCCCCCCCCCCCCAACAGCACAAUAUUGUAUAACACUAUAGCACAAUAAAUUAUUUGGUCUUAAAUAUUUGGUGCAUCCCUAAUAAUAAUAAUAAUAAUAAUAAUAAUAAUAAUAAUAAUAAUAAUAAUAAUAAUAAUAAUAAUAAUGGUUGAAUGGGACAGGUUGGCACUAAAAGGUCUCUCCUCUCUCUCUCUUUAUCUCUCAGGGUCAUUAUCUCAUUAGUACAGAAGCAGACCAAUCACAAAGCUUCUUUUUCUUUCUUUUAUUUGUUCUUUUUUUUUCUUUGUUUUAUGGUUAAAAUUAGCGGGAGACUACUGAGCUGUCUGUUCUCCACACCAAAGUUUAGGUCGUCUCUAGUCUCAAACAGAGAUGCUCCAGAAAGCUACACUAUAUAAACAAAUGUUUUUGGGACACUGCUUAUUUAAUUUUUGUUUUUAAUUCAAUUUUAGUGAAUUAAGAAGUUUGCCCUGCUUUUUUUGAAGUAAUUUAUUUAAUUGCAAUCGUCUUAAUUAAAUUUCAGAAAAGUAUCAUAGUUUAAAAAACACAUAAUAUUUAUAAAAUCUGACUAAAAUAUUUUUUUACUUUUAAUCCAGUCAGAAUUGUGGGAUCUAACAAUCUAAAGUACAGCACUGCCCUCUAGUGGUCGGGGGUUUAUACACAGCACAACAAGCCACUUCUGACACCAAUCUUUAUGUUUAAACUAAUAAUUAAAUAUUUAUUAACACAUAUAUAUAUACAGCUCUGGAAAAAAUGAGACUACGUCAGUUUCUGAAUGUUUCUCCCAAAUUCUAAAUAAAAAUAUUGUCAUUUAGAGCAUUUAUUUGCAGAAAACGAAAAAGAUGCAGAGCUUUCAGACCUCAAAUAAUGCAAAGAAGACAAGUUCAUAUUUAUAAAGUUUUAAGAGUUCAGAAAUCAAUAUUUGGUGAAAUAACCCUGAUGGUUUUAAAUAAAAAACAUUUUCAUGCAUCUUGGCAUCAUGUUCUCCUCCACCAGUCUUACACACUGCUUUUGGAUAACUUUAUGCUGCUUUACUCCUGGUGUAAAAAUUAAAGCAGUUCAGUUUGGUGGUUUGAUGGUUUGUGAUCAUCCAUCUUCCUCUUGAUUAUAUUCCAGCGUUUUUUUUAUUUGGUAAAAUCAAAGAAACUCAUCAUUUUUAAGUGGUUUCUUAUUAUUUUUGAAUUAUUUAAAGGGGUGUCGACAAACAUUUGGAUGUAUAGUGUAUUAGCUGGCUGUGGGCUGCAGUACCUCUGCUUGCAAAGUAAUUAUAAGUAUUUUUGGUAACCUACAAUUUUCAAAACUAUGAUCUGACACAUUUGGUGCACGUUAGUUUGCUUUUAUUUUGUUUUAAUUGGUGUUUUUUUGUUUAUUUUAUGUUUUUUACGCGUUUAACACAAGCUAACAGUUUGUCUGAAGAGGCCAAAGUAUAUAAACUGGUGUAAGGAGAUUCGAAUGCAGUGUUUUAUUUUUUUAUUUUUUAUUUUUUUUUAUACUUAUUCUGCUAAUUCAUAAUCGUACAAUAAUUUUGAACACACACACACACACACACUCUUCAUGCCUUUCUGUUUUUUACAGAAUAUUUUAUGAUGUUUCUAUGAAAUGUACCCUUACAGCUUACACAGGCGAAGGUUCUGAAAUAACUAUUUAUAUGUUGAGUAUAAUAACAGUGCUGUAACACGACAGAAUUUAAUCUUGCCUUGCAUAGAUUUACGUACUGCAAAUAAAUAUAGCGUUUUCGGGGUACUUGAGUCACUAUUUAAAAUGUUUUGUAUUGUUCGUAGCACUUAAGAAGAUUGUAUAAAAGAAAAUAUGUACAAAAAAUUAAUAUUUUUAAUUUUUGUUUUUUAAAUAUAAUUAUUUUCUCCAUCAUUUCUCAUCCUGCAGAUGUUAAGGAGGCUAGAGCUCAUGCCGUGUAUAUUUCUUUAUCUGUAUAGCAGCACAGUUCAUAAAUGGAAAUAUGUUCUCUGAAUAUUUAUUGACUAAUAUAUUUAUCUGUAAGCCAUGUCUUAUGUUCAGAGUGUCUGAAGAAGUUUUGAGAUUUGUUUUUUUGUUUUGUUUUUUUUCUUCUGGAGAACACUAAUAUGAAACGUUGUAAAUACAUGGUAAUUGCACACAAGAUGAUUAAAUAUUCUCUGACCAAAAACAAUUUUAAAAUUUUAGUACCAUACAGUUUUGUAACAAAGUGUACAAAGAUUUGAAAAUUAUAUGGUUUUAUUCAAUUGAA